CGUGCCCCCCGGGAUGGGCUCCACGUGCAGCUCCGUGUCCCCCACGCACCGGUGACCACCCCAGCACCGCGUCCGUGCACCCCCCGUGUCACCCCCCACCCCAGGAAGGUCUUUUUGCUCCCCCACCCACCCCGGACAGGCCGGUGUCCCCCCCCCCGACCAGCUUCGUACCCCCAGGGCAGAGGGGUGGUGCAGGGCGGAGGCUUUGGAUUGGGGGUCCCCAAGCCGUCAUUGGGGUCCCCCCCCGCGUGGCGCUGGGCCAGGUGACACCCCCUGGUCGGGGGUCCGCGUGGCGGGGUCGGGCUGGGGGAGGGCGGGCAGGGCCUGAUGCCCGCUGUGUCACCGAGCGGGACUCCCGCCUGGGGGUGGGUGACCCACUUCGUGCCCCCCCCCGGGACGCGGCCGCUCCCCCGAACGCUCCGUGCCCGGCGGCCGCGGGCUCCGCUCGGCGGCGGGGCCGUGCCCGAACCCGCCACGCUGCAGCUCCGGUGACCUUAUCCCGGGAGCCAAGGUGAGCGGCACCGCCGGCGGGCCGGGACACGGGGGGCCGCGGGGACCGGCGGGGACACCCGGGGGGGCACGGUGGGGCGGCGCUGGCCGGGACACCGUGCCCCGUCCCCGCGGAGCCCGCGUGCUGGGGGGGCAGCGGGGCCUGAGGGAGCCGUGGCCGGAGUGGGACGAAGGUGGGUCACCCCCCAAGCCCAGCCUGGGUGGGGGGGCAGGAGAGGCGCUGGGGACCCCUCUUUUCCCAUGACCUUGGGCAGGGAAACCCCCCCUGCACCUGCACCCGAGCCCUCGGGGUGGGUGCCCGCCGGGCAUCGCCCCGGUUGCCCACGCGUGUGCCGGCGUGGCCGUGCCCAGGGCCGGGCCCCCGCGGUGCCCAGAGCUGCCACCCGUGCCGGGUGCCACCACUCCCGGCGGGACAUAAAUAAUUCAGGGUGGUGAGCUCAGCCCGCCGGCGUCACCCGGGGAGCGCUGCCACGGCCACCGGUGCUCUGUGCCCGCCUGGCACCAGGGGACACAGCACCCCGGGACACAGCACUCCAGUGCUCAGGCUCCUCAGCACCCUGGUACCCUGGUAGCCCAGCACCCCAACACCCUGGUAUCUCAGGACCCCGGCACCACAGCACCCCAGCACCCUGGCACACUGGUACCUCAGCAGCCCAGCACCCUGUGCCCACCCAGCACCCCGGCAGCGCAGGGCAGGACACGGCCAUGCCCAGGGUGCCAGACCAGUCCCCCUCCGGGGGUGGCAGCCUGGCAUGGCAGCCUGGCUCUGUCCCCAACUCCCACCCACAGAGCCGGGACAGGGCGGCCUUUCAGAGCCCGGCAGCUCAGGCGAUGAGUUUGGGAGGUCUCAGCCCGGGGGGGCUGGCGGGUCAGGAGGUGCCCGCAGUUGGGGUGCCCGCAGUUGGGGUGCGUUCCCUGGAACAAGCUGCCGGAACAGGUUCGGCAUUUCCUGUUUUUCCCGAACCCGGGGACCUUCCCAGCCCUGGGGCAGUUGGAGAGGCCGUGACAUCCCCUGGGCAGCGCUGGCUGAGGAGGGGACGCUGAGGCAGGGAGGGGGCUGGCCUGGGAGAAACGGGGUCCUGCGGGACCCCAGCACCGUUGGAAGCCCCAUCCUACCAUCCCGGGGCAGGAUUUUGGGAUGUCCCUUGUCCCCAUCCGCCCCAGGAGGUGCGAUGGGGACACUGGGCUCGGGGGCCACCCCACAGUGGGACAGGGGCCGUGUCCCGGUGCUGGCACCCGCCGGGGACUGUGGGGACCGUCCCCAUCCCACCUCCCCGCGGCGGCGCGGGGCCUCCCCGGGUUUCCAUGGAGACCAGCUGCUUUUUCGACAUCCCCAUUUUUCCUGCGGUUUUCCAUCUCUCGGAGCCGCGGCCCUGCCGGAUCCCGGCCCCGCCGAGGGGCUGCGGGCAGAGAUAAACUCUUCGGGAAGCGGCUGCUCCAGGCCGGGCGUUACAUCAUGUCCCACAAGGCCUGGAUGAAGACGGUGCCCACGGAGAACUGCGACGUGCUCAUGACCUUCCCGGACACCACGGACGACCACACUCUGCUGUGGCUGCUGAACCACAUCCGCCUGGGCAUCCCCGAGCUCAUCGUGCAGGUCCGGCACCACAAGCACACGCGGGUCUACGCCUUCUUCGUCACCGCCACCUACGAGAGUUUGCUGCGCGGGGCGGACGAGAUCGGGCUGCGGAAGCCGGUGAAGGCGGAGUUUGGGGGCGGGAUGAGGAGCUUCUCGUGCGAGGAGGAUUACAUCUACGAGAACAUCGAGAACGAGCUCUACUUCUUCACCUCUCAGGAACGGCAAAACAUCAUCAGGUACUGGCUGGAGAACCUGCGGGCCAAGCAGGGAGAGGCCCUGCACAACAUCCACUUCCUCGAGGGACAGCCCAUCAUCCCGGAGCUGGCGGCCCGGGGGGUCAUCCAGCAGGUUUUCCCGCUGCACGAGCAGAGGAUCCUCAAGCGGCUGAUGAAGUCCUGGGUGCAGGCGGUGUGCGAGGCCCAGCCCCUCGAUGACAUCUGUGACUAUUUUGGGGUGAAAAUCGCCAUGUACUUCGCCUGGCUGGGCUUCUACACCUCGGCCAUGGUGUAUCCCGCCGUCUUCGGCUCCAUCCUCUACAGCUUCACCGAGAGCGACCAGUUGGUUCCCUCCAUCCCUCAGACCAGCCAGGACAUCUCCUGCGUGGUCUUUGCCAUCUUCAACGUCAUCUGGGCCACCCUGUUCCUGGAGGAGUGGAAGCGCCGGGGGGCCGAGUUCGCCUACAAGUGGGGGACCCUGGACACCCCCCCCGAGUCCAUCGAGGAGCCCCGGCCCCAGUUCAGGGGCAUUAAGAGGAUCAGCCCCGUGACCAGCGCUGAGGAGUUUUAUUACCCCCCCUGGAAGCGGCUGCUCUUCCAGUGCCUGGUCAGCCUGCCCGUCUGCCUCGCCUGCCUCACCCUCGUCUUCCUCCUCAUGCUCGGCUGCUUCCAGCUCCAGGAGUUCGUGCUGAGCAUCCAGGAGCUGCCCCGGAUCAUCCGUUUCCUGCCCAAGAUCAUCCUGGCCGUCAUUGUCACCGCCUGUGACGAGCUGUACAAGAAGGUGGCCUACUGGCUCAAUGACAUGGAGAACUACCGGCUGCAGAGCGCCUACGAGAAACACCUCAUCAUCAAAAUCGUCCUGUUUCAGUUUGUAAAUUCCUACCUGAGUCUUUUCUACAUCGGUUUCUACCUCAAAGACAUGGAACGGCUGAAGGAGCUCCUGCUCAUCUUCUCUCUCUCCCAAAGCCUCGUGCGGCAGCUCAAAGAGGCUCUUCUCCCCUUCAUCCUCCUCCACCUCCACCUCUCUCUCAUCUUCCUUAAGGGCCUCCUGAGCUUUUGCUGGAGACUGGGAGUAUCCAAAAUGCUGGCCACGCUGCUCAUCACGCGGCAGUUCCUGCAGAACGUGCGGGAGGUGUCCCAGCCCCACCUGUACCAGCGGCUGCGCCGCGGGGACCUGAACCUGCGCAGCCUGCGGCAGCUCGCCCACAGCCUGCUCUGCCUGCUCGCCCCCCGCCGCCACCCCCCGCGCCCCCCGGAGGGGCCCCGCGGCGAGAAGAAGUGUCUGAACGGCGGCUGCGGGGUCCCGGAGGAGGAGGAGGAGGAGGAGGAGCGGCGGGAGUCGGACUCGGAGGAGGAGAGCGCGCUGGACUGCGGGCUGAAGCUGAAGAAGGUGAGCUUCGUGGAGCGGGCGGAGCGGCGCGGGGAGCCCGGCGGCGCCGAGGACGAGCCUUUCCUCGAGGAGGGCAGUCCCACCAUGGUGGAGAAGGGCAUGGACCCCGCCGCCGUCUUCGAGCUCUGCGAGGACGACGACGAGGCCGAAGGGCCCCCGGGGAGCCCGGCGAGGGCGGCGGAGCCGGCGGUGGUGCCGCGGGCCGGCCGGAGGAGGCGGGAGGAGGAGGACGGGGAGGAGGAAGGGCGGAGGCGCAACCGGGCGUCGUGGAUCGACCCGCCCGAGGAGGAUUACUCCACGCAGCUGACGCAGGCGGAGGUGGAGAGCUGCAUGAAGAAGUACGAGGACACCUUCCAGGACUACCAGGAGAUGUUCAUCCAGUUCGGGUACGUGGUGCUGUUCUCCUCGGCCUUCCCCCUGGCCGCCAUGUGUGCCCUGGUCAACAACGUCAUCGAGAUCCGCAGCGACGCCUUCAAGCUCUGCACGGGGCUGCAGAGACCCUUCGGCCAGCGCGUCGAGAGCAUCGGCCAGUGGCAGAAGGUGAUGGAGGCCAUGGGCGUCCUGGCCAUCGUGGUCAACUGUUACCUGAUCGCCCAGUGUGGGCAGCUCCAGAGGCUCUUCCCGUGGCUCAGCCCCGAGGGAGCCAUCAUCUCCGUGGUGGUGCUGGAGCACUUCGCCCUGUUCCUGAAGUACAUCAUCCAGGUGGCCAUUCCCGACAUUCCCGCCUGGGUGGCCGAGGAGAUGGCCAAGCUGGAAUACCAGCGGCGCGAGGCCUUCAAGAAGCACGAGCGGCAGGCGCAGCACCACUUCCAGCAGCAGCAGCGGCGCAAGCGGGAGGAGGAGGAGCGGCAGCGCCACGCCGAGUACCAGGCGCGGAAGGAGCGCGAAUCCAGCCGGGAUGAGGCCAAGCCCGAGGCCGCCGGGCAGGACCCGGCCCACGAGAAGAGCCAGAGCAAAGGGAAGGGCUCCGGGGGCUCCUCGCACGGCUCCGACAAGCCCAAGCGCCCCAGCUCCCUCCUGGCCACCAACAACGUGAUGAAGCUGAAGCAGAUCAUCCCCCUGCAGGGCAAGUUCCUGUCGGGGGGGGCCGGCGCCGGCGGCACGGCCACCGCCAGGUCCCCGCAGUCGCCCACGGGCAGCGAGAACAAGCUGCCCGGAUUCCUCAGCUUCAAGUUCCUCAAAUCCCCGGAGACUAAGCGGGACGCGGGCACCGAGAAGGUCCAGUCCCCCACCAAGCCAUUCAACCCCGGCAAGCUCUUCAACUUCGGCAAGUCCGAAGGGGCCGCGGGCAACGGCGGCACGGCCGGGGCAUCGCCCCAGCCCCGGCCCGGCCCCUCGGCGGACCCCGAGCGCUCGGUGCCCAGCAAGUCCCACCUCAACGGGGCUGCGGAGGAGGGGGGCCGGGAGGAGCCGGAGAGCCGGGCGGAGGAGGAGAGCGGCGGUUAUAGGCUCUAACCGGGGCUUUCGGGGGGCCGGGAGCGCGGGGGGCCGCCCGCUCGCUCCUCCGGGCAGCCGUGGCCAUCGGCAGCCUCUCGCCCCCCCUGGCCGCCCCCCCGCUCGGGGCCGGGCCGAGCCCACCGGCCGCCAGCCCCUCGCUCUGCCCCGGCCCCCUCUGCUGCGUCCCCUCGUGCCCCCCCGGCCCCUCCGCCGGGACCCGCUGCCACCCCGGACCCCGCACCGAGGAUUCCUGAGCGGCGGCGUGGAUGGAGCGUCCCGGCGGCUUUCCGUGCCCGCGGGUGGGAGUUAUCCCGGUGUGGCUCCGCGCCGCUCCCGGACCCUCCGGGGCCGCCCGCCGGGAGGGUCGGGAUUCCCGGGAUCGGCGGCCAGAGGAGCCCGAUUCAGCCGUGCCUACACCCCCUGCCCUCCGGCCAUGGCACCGUGCCCUGCUCCGUCCCGCUCCCGCCGCCUCCGCCCCGGAUCCUUCCCAGCACCGGGACCUUUUCCUGCCGCGGGAUGGAGCGGGACGAGCAGCAGCCACCCGGCCCCCCCCGCACGGGCAGCGUUUCUUGCACUAAAACCCAACCAAACCCCGA